AGGCAUCGGGUGCGGCAGCGCGCCGCGCGGCAGGGCGACCGCGCGUCGGCACUCGUCGGGCAGGGCAUAGUGGUGCGAGUGGCGCGCGCGCGCGGCCAUGCAGAUCCCGGAGGACCUGCGCUGCUGCGUGUGCCUCGGCGGGAUGCGCGACAUGCUGCUCACGGGCUGCCCGCACCGGCUCUGCGCUGGCUGCAGCAGGGCGGGCUCCCUCGUCGCGUGCCCGGUGUGCCAGGCCGCGCUGCCGCCUGGAAGGCCCCGGGACGAGGGCUUUGCGGCCUCCGCCGAGGCGAUGCGCUUGGCCUGCGGCUGCGGGGUGCAGGUGCCCUUGCUCGAGGCGGAGAGCCACGUGUGCGAGCACGUCAGGCAGCAGCAGGCCGCCGCCGCCCCCGCGAGCACUGGGCCAGCGCCGGCGGCGGGGCCAAACCGCUCCACGUUCACGUCCGACAUUUGCGGGGAGAGGAACCUCAGCUGCAGGGGCCUGCUGGAGCACGUGGACGCCAGGCACGCCGGGCGACCGGUCGCCGCCGUCUGCCCCGUGUGCCUGGCCAUGCCGUGGGGGGACCCGAACUUCGUCUCGCAGAAUUUCCAGUCGCACCUGAAGCUGAGGCACCGGUGCGACUACGACACCGUGGUGGACUUCGAGCUGGACGAGGACGCGAUGAUGAUGCGCGCCAUCGAGGAGUCGCGGCGAGCCAGCGGCCUGAGCGAAGGCGCGCGGCCCACGCACGGCGCGAUGGAGAUGGACGACGACGUGGACGACGCGGUGCUGCAGGAGGUGCUGCGGAUGUCGGCCCGCGAGGCUUGCGAGGCCCCGGAUGCGCCGCCUUCCCACGACGAGGGGAGCGACGGCCAGGGCCUCGACGACGCCCAGGCCGCCGAGGCCCCGGCGGCGGAGCCCGCCGCCGGCGAGGGCGAGCGAGGCGGAGGGCGGGCAGGCCUCGUCGUGAGGCGUCGCCGCCGCACGCGCGCGCGAUGCGGCCUGGGCCCGCACGGCUACUAUGCGGCCUGCUUGGCCCGCACGGUGCCUUUGCGGCGUGGGCCGGCCCUGCGACAGGCGGGGCGGCCGCUCGCCAGAGUGCUGCGCGGCCUUCGGGGCGCGCACCAGGGGGGGGGGGGGCAAGCUCGGGCACGCUGGCCGCUGCUGCUGCAUCGUCGCACGCAAUGAUCGGCGCCUGGCCGUUUUUUCUGGGGCCACUCCUGCGUGCAGCCGACGCGGUGCCUGACCCGCACGGUGCCCGUCCUUUUUGCGCCGCGUGUUCUUGCCUGCUCCUCUUGCUCUUCCUCUUCGCCAUCGAGGGGCGGGAUAUAGACGCAACCACUCAGAACAGUAGUGGGCUCGUCUCGUGGAGAACGCCGAG